CAAAGCCCUCAUGCUGGCUUGCACAUAUGCUACAGGAUAUGCGUGACACAGUCACAAGAUUUUACUCGACCCAGGACGUUUAUAGACAGGAAGAUGAAGUAUGGUUGGCUUGCCUGGUUUUGCUGCCUGCUAUUCCUCGGCAGAGUUGUGGGAAAGACACAGGAUGAAUGGAAAUCUAGGAUCAUAUAUCAACUCCUGACGGACAGAUUUGCCCAGAAUGGAGACCCCUCAUCCCCGUGUUCCGAUCUCAGUACCUACUGUGGAGGUAACUUCACAGGCAUUGGCAAGAAACUGGACUACAUCCAGGGCCUGGGAGCAAACGCCAUCUGGAUAUCGCCCAUCCCGGCCCAGACAGACAACGGAUAUCAUGGCUACUGGCAGAGGGACAUCUUUGAGAUCAACCCGCACUUUGGGACGGAGAGCGAGCUGCAGAAUCUGGUCGACGAGUGCCACAGUCGCGGGAUUUGGGUUAUGCUCGACGUUGUAGCUAACCACAUGGGGAAUCAAGACAACCAAAAUUUGAAUGAUUUCUCUCCCUUCAACCCAUUCAACCAGGCCCAGCACUACCACUCUUACUGUCUCAUUAAAGACUUUAGCAAUCAAACCCAGGUAGAACUCUGUCGUCUGGCCAACCUACCGGAUCUAAACCAGACAAACACGUUUGUCAACUCCACACUCACCACGUGGAUAAACGGCAUUGUAACAAAGUACGGUUUCGAUGGACUCCGGGUCGACACAACUCCCGAAGUAGCCAAAACCUUUUGGUACAUAUUACUCCAAAUCCUCCGGAGUAUUCACCAUGGGGGAAGUAUUUAACGGGGAUCCUGAAUAUGUUGCGGGGUAUCAGGGACCGCUAGAUGCCACCCUGAACUACCCAAUGUACUUCAAAUUGAAGAACGCCUUUCAAGAGAAGCAGACAAUGAGGAACGUCCACGAUGGAGUGACACAGAAUUCCGUGUUCCCAGACGUGUCCGUCUUGGGGAAUUUUCUGGACAACCACGACCAUCCGAGGUUUCUGAGUCAGAAUGGGGACACUGUUGUGCUCAAGAGCGCUCUUGCCUACAUUGUAUUUGCAGAGGGUAUCCCCAUAAUUUACUAUGGAACGGAGCAGGCGUUUAAAGGAACUACUGACCCCAAUGAUAGACAGUCUCUUUGGCCGUAUUAUAACACAAACAGUGAUCUCUACCAGUACAUAGCAGUCAUCAACAAGUUCAGAACGGAGCAGGGUGAGGCGGUGUACGGGCAAGAGCAGGUGGAGAGAUAUGUGGACGAUCAGUUCUUUGGCUUCACCAGAGGAAUGGUGUUUGUAGCAACCACUAACAUCGGCAGUGGGCAGGGGCUGUCUCGCUCCAUUACCUACCAUCCCUACUCAGAUGGCACCAAGCUGGUGAAUGUACUGGAUUCCUCGGACACAGUGACAGUCAAUGGAGGAGCGUUUACGGUGACCAUAGAGGGAGGCAUGCCCAAGAUCUACCACCCUGUGACUAGUGAACUGACAGAGGAGAGGGAGAGGGAGGGAGGAGGUCAGUCUCACCUUUGACCUCUAACGUGUUCUAUAUACUCUAUCUCUUGAAUGUGGACAAGGCGGCCUCGAUCACGGGGAAAUUGGUCUGGUAGUAAGUGCAGGACUGGUAGCUACACUGGUCAUCCUGCUGAGUGGAGUUGUCGUCUACAUGGUCUCCUACAGAGUUCGCAGAGGUCGAUCUUAUUCAGAGCUCUAAAAUUUCCACAGACACAGGAAAAUAUUAAUUUUAGAGUGUGUGUGUAAAGAAUUUUUAAUACGCAU